UUAGCUCUGCUUUAAAACACGCUCCGUAAAUCUUGUGAAUGUGAGAGGAAAUCAUUUUUGCAAUGCCGUGGCUUGCACUACUAUCAUCGCUGGUGCUGUGGUCCCUAGUUUACAGCAGGGGAGUGCGUCUGGUUGGUGGCAGGGCCAGCUGCUCGGGACUGGUGGAGGUGUACUAUGGCAGGGCCUGGAGGCGGCUGUGUUCGUAUCGCUGGGAUCAAACCGUGGCCCGGCUGGUGUGCCAGGAAGCUGGGUGUAGGGCUCAGCCCUCUCUGCACUACAGGAACGGAGGCAACAGGUCUGGGGUCCAGCUGCUCUGUGACGGCCAGGAGAGCAGACUGCACCGCUGUCCCUGGAGAACCCUGCACAAACCCUGUGAUACUGACAUAGGUGUGGUCUGCACAGAUCCGCCUCGCUCCUUUCCCGGCCCCCCGGUGGCCCCGGCCCCGAUGAGGCCAGUCUCUGUGGCGUUCGUCUCUCUGGUGCUCUGUGGCGUGGCUGUCAUGGCGGCCGCUGUCCUGGUUGUGGAGGUGGUGGCGAGAAGACGCAGCGGCUAGAUCACCUCGGCCCAAGCGCUGAUGUUGGGAAGACAUUGCAGCAUGCGCAGCGUGGGAUAUUCCAAGUUGGGGAGAGAAUGCCACUUUUAUUCAAAUGUUUGUUUUUCAAAGAAGACCAUUUUGAUAAAAGACGGAAGAACAGGCAUGCUGAUUGUUCUUCAUUUCAAAGUUCCUUUUUUUCCCCCGUCAUUUUAAUUUCAGAUCCAUUUAGUUUGUUACCCUACAAUAAGAAGGACAAAGGACCAUCGUGUCUAUGGUGGAUCAUCCCCCCAAAAAACUUGAUUGUCGUGUUUCCAGAACAUGAGUCUCAUUGUCAGAAUUCCCUCCUGAAUAUAAUAUGUUGAUGUUAUACAAUGCUAUUUUUUAGCGGUGUCUUAAUUGUGCAUUCAAAAUGCAGAAGUGAACACAAUUCAAGCUUUGUUUUGUUUCCACAUUUUUUUCAGUUUUGUUUUUAAUCCUCCCUCCCCUAUUAGAAGACAUUUAUCAAUCCUGUGUUUGGUUCGAGUGAAAUAACCAGUGACUACACCAGGGUAAACUUGGUUCUUGUUUUGUUUUGAUUUGUCUUUUUGUCUGUAUGGCUUCUUUGAAAUAAUAAGAAUAAGAUGGAAUAUAAUUGAGAUUGUCAGUUCAAACAAUAAAUAUCAAUAAUUUACUGCAUGAAAACCUUGUUGCAUUUUUAAUAAACAUGAUUUAUGUCCCCCA